CGGGGCCAGGGUCGGGCCGAAGCGGAAGCGAGUGCGGAGUGGCGACGGGGUUUGAGUUAUGGAUGCCAGCGCGUUGGAAGUGGACGCCCUACGGUUUGCGCAGCUCGCGGUGCAGCGCGACCAAAGCGGCCGCUACCGGGAGGCGGUUUUCUACUACAAGGAGGCUGCGCAAGCCUUAAUUUAUGCUGGAAUGGCAGGCUCAAAUUUGGAAAAUAUUCAAGAGAAAAUAAAUGAGUAUCUGGAGAGAGUCCAAGCUCUGCAUUCAGCAGUUCAAUCGCAGAGCAUCGACCCUUUGAAGUCAAAACAGCAAUUGGACCUAGAGCGUGCUCAUUUCCUGGUUACACAGGCCUUUGAUGAAGAUGAUAAGGGCAACAUGGAGGAAGCUGUAGAAUUGUAUACAGAAGCAGUGGAACUCUGUUUGAAAACAGCUAAUGAAACUUCAGAGGCAAGUCUUCAAACAAAACUGAAGCAGCUGGCUCGACAAGCACUGGAUAGAGCAGAAGCACUUAAAGAGUCUAUGUCAAAAUUAUCUCAAAAAGACAAGUCAGCUGCAGUUAAACCAAAUCAGUCUGUUAGAGCAUUCUUUCCAUUGGGACCUGACUUUUCCUUGAACGAUAAACCACAGACAGUCAGAGCAGUGCAAGCUUGUGAAUCUCAAGGUCAGAGAUACACCACAGAGGAGAUUGAAGUGCUCAGAAAGACCUCAAAGAUAAAUGGUAUUGAGUAUGUCCCUUUCAUGAGUGUUGACCUGAGGGAGCGUUUUGCCUUUCCAAUGCCAUUUUCAGAUAAAUGUGGCAAAUUACCACUCUCCCCCAAGCAAAAGGCAAUUUUUGCCAAAUGGGUACGGCCUGAUGACCUAACAAAUAACCCUAUAAUGAUCUAUACGGUGUCAAGUUUCAGCAUAAAACAGACAAUAGUAUCUGAUUGUUCCUUUGUGGCAUCACUGGCUAUCAGCGCAGCAUAUGAGAGGCGGUACAACAAAAAGCUGAUUACAAGCAUAAUUUACCCACAGAAUAAAAAAGGAGAACCCGAAUAUAACCCAUGUGGGAAGUAUAUGGUAAAGCUUCAUAUCAAUGGUGUCCCUAGAAAGGUUAUAAUUGAUGAUCAGUUGCCUGUAGACCAUAAUGGAGAACUUCUUUGCUCUUAUUCUAACAACAAAAAUGAAUUGUGGGUUUCUCUGAUAGAAAAAGCUUACAUGAAGGUUAUGGGUGGAUAUGAUUUUCCUGGAUCAAAUUCUAAUAUUGAUCUCCAUGCACUGACAGGUUGGAUACCUGAAAGAAUUGCUAUGCAUUCAGACAACCAAGCUUUCAAUAAAGAUGGUACUUUCAGAAUGCUUUAUCAGAGAUUUCAUAAAGGAGAUGUUCUUAUCACAACAGCAACAGGAGUAAUGUCUGAAGAGGAAGGGGAGAAGUGGGGUUUAGUUCCAACCCAUGCAUAUGCUGUUUUGGAUAUAAGAGAAUAUAAGGGACAUCGAUUCCUCCAGCUGAAAAAUCCCUGGAGUCACUUACGUUGGAAAGGAAGAUACAGUGAAAAUGAUAUGAAAAAUUGGACCCCUGACCUACAAAAAUACCUAAACUUUGAUCCCAGGACAGCUCAGAAGAUUGACAAUGGGAUAUUCUGGAUUGCCUGGGAGGAUCUCUGCCAGUAUUAUGAUGUUAUUUAUUUGAGUUGGAACCCAAGUCUUUUUAAAGAAUCUACAUGUAUUCACAGCACUUGGGAUGCAAAGCAAGGUCCAGUGAAAGAUGCCUACAGCCUGGCUAAUAAUCCGCAAUACAAACUGGAGGUACAGUGUCCACAAGGUGGAGCUGCAGUCUGGAUCCUGCUUAGCAGACACAUUACAGACAAGGAUGACUUCGCUCACAACCGAGAGUUCAUCACACUGGUGGUGUACAAAACUGAUGGGAAAAAAGUUUACUAUCCAGCUGACCCAUCUCCAUAUAUUGAUGGGAUUCGGAUAAACAGCCCCCACUAUCUAACAAAGAUAAAGCUGACCUCUCCAGGAUCCCACACAUUUACCUUGGUGGUGUCACAGUAUGAGAAACAGAACACAAUCCACUAUACUCUCAGGGUGUAUUCAGUAUGCAAGUUCACCUUUUCCAAGAUCCCUACACCAUACACCACCUCCAAAAGGGUUAAUGGGCAGUGGAAAGGUCAUAGUGCUGGAGGAUGUGGGAAUUUCAGAGAUUCCUAUAAAAACAACCCCAUUUAUCAGUUCCAGCUGGAGAAGACUGGGCCAUUACUAAUUGAACUAAGAGGACCAAGACAAUACAGCGUUGGGUUUGAACUUAUCACAGUCUCUACAGUAGGAGAUCCUGGUCCCUCUAGCUUUCAGAAAAAGAACAGUGGUGACUACAGGUGCGGCUUUUGCUACUUAGAAGUGGAAAAUGUACCUCCUGGGGUUUAUAAUAUCAUUCCAAGCACCUUUCUGCCUCAACAAGAAGGUCCUUUCUUCUUGGACUUUAAUAGCAUUUCCCCUCUUAAGGUAUCACAGCUCCAGUGACACGGCACAUUACACUGCUGUCUAGGGAAACAGUCAAGAUUUUACAGCUAUGCCACAUCCAGAGAACACAGGAAGAACCUAUACAUACUUUGCAUAAAAGGGAACUGCAGUCUACCUGAAGAAGCCCUAGCCAAAGGCACAGGGCAGUCUGCUUUAUUUAACUGCAAACAGGAAGUUUACUUAUGGCUUUUUGUAGUGCCGGCAUCAAAGAAAAAAUGCUUCAGAUUUUGACUGAAGGUAUAUUGAAUGUGUGAAUAUGGUUGAAAAUAGAGCUUUUGAUUGUGUAUGAAAAUGAAUCGGCAGACCUUAGUUUAUUGCAUUUUUGUUUUAAAUUGAAACUUAAUGAAGUAGUGGGGAGAGAAGAAUCAAGUAUUGAAGUCUUUCCUCCUCUUCCCAAACGCAGGGUAUAUCAUUUCUUAUGACAUAAUUCUUAAUGGUUUACUAAGGGAAAAGGAAGGGUUCCUGUGUACUAUGCUUAUUCAGCCUCAGAAGAAUAACUCAAAGGCAUUAGUGCUGUUGUCCUGCAUGCCUAGUGCUCAGAACUAUUUAGGGAAGAAAAUCAAUUACACUCAGGUACAAUGCACCUGAAUUUGCUGCUUUUGAGUAUCAGUGUGUACACUGAAUUCAUAGUAGCCUGCCACCAGCAGGCUACGCCUUCAUUUGGAGGAAGCAAAUAGGGAGAAUUCUAGCCUUUGCUAUCUAAGAGAGCACUUCACUGCACUUCCAGGCACUUUUUGUACUCAUCAGCUUCUUAUUCCUAAGUAUGUAUGACAUUAAGAUGGCACAUCCCUAAGAACAUUUUCUUUUUCCUCUUCAGCAGUAUAAGACCUUUAUUCCAGCCUAGUAUUUAAAACUGUGGGAAGAUUUUUGUUGGCCUAAUCUAUAAGCAGUAUAACACUACUAGUUCUACUUGCAGAAAAGCAGCUGUAACAUUGUCAGCUUCAUGACUGAGAAUCAUGAUUUUGUCACUAAAAAGGAGCAGUUUAAAUGCUGCUUCUCCAUGAACGGGGCUUUUUGGAGCUGAGUGGAGGCAUUGCAAGAAGCUCCUCCAUAAUAAGGCACAUGGAAGAUCACCUAAGCACUUGUUUUGGGGGAUUUUUUUCAAAUGGUAAGUGUCAAGAAAAGAGUUGCAUAUUCUUUGACCUUAAUCCCCUGAAGUAAAUGUAAGAACUCCUACUGAAAGGAGUCGGGGUGGCUCAGAUCACCUCCCCUCCCCCAGCUCAAUUUUGGUAUAUAUUAUUCCAAAAAGAACUACUGCAGUAGUUGAGAGAGUUUCAUGAAGAGAUUUAAAAUCAUUUCAGUCUUAAACAAGGCAACCUUCUGUUGUCUAUCAUUUCUUUUCCCAGGAGUUGUAAGAUGACUUGUAACUCAAAAGCCAUUUGACAGUCUUCUUCAAAUGGUCCUGAAAUGUUUCCAUCUGGGAAAUUUUCCAAGACAAAAGUAGAACUGUACUUUUGGAGGGAGGGAAUUGCAUCUGAUCAUAAGUAACUGAGCACAUGCAUUUAACUGGAAUACUCUGCAUUGUUAUAGAGGCCAACUUUAAUACAGUGCUUUUCCUUCAAGUUGGCCACAAUAAAUUUAUCAAGCAGCUUAAUAGCACAAGAUAGCUUUUGUUUAAUCUCCCUGGGUUAAACAGCUGCUAAAGGAAGAAAGUAGUUUGGAAAAAAAUGUGUAGAACAUGUACUAUUUAAUUGCAGUUCUCUGAAAGACCAUCUGGGCUCAGAGUUAAAGCGCACUGCCUCUCUGCCAGUAACUCCCUGUUUAUCAUCUGUGCAUGAAAGCUGUACAAUGGAAGCUAUAACAGAUAUCUAACAGGAACUCUGGUUGCAGUUCAGUAAACAACAAAAGGCUUGAAGAUGUAGGUUGGGCUGUUAAUAUCUGCAGUUAGGCUGUGGGGAUUGUGAUAUAGGUGAAAGGAGCCUGCUCUUGUGGGUAAAGCCAUACAUCUAAUAUAUCCUUGUGUAAUGAGCGCUUUACGGGGUAAGAUUGUUAAGUAAGGCUAACUCCAAGAGUUGAGAGCCACAAUAUGCAAAGGGCUGUAGGUAUGGUAUACACCUAAUGCUCGCUUUUCAGGCAAACAGUAGCACGAGUGGUUUAAACAGUGUAACUGCUCUUGUGGAUUUACAUAUUUAAAUACUUCUCCACCCCUUUAAAGGACAGGAUUUUUAGCUGACUGACCAAUCAAGCAAGUGGACUUCCUUAAGGCAAGGACAGACUGUUGAGUACCAAGUGAAAUGGGGUCACCUGCAAUGUAGGAAGUGGAAGUUAAACCAAAUUAGUUAGCCCUCUAUCCUUUCUUUCACUUAGCAUGGAAUAGAGCAGAUGAAGUUACUGUGGAGUGGUCAAUCUCCAUCCUUUCAAUUUAUGGAAAGAGAGAGAGUGAGUUAGUCUGUCCAUUAACUAAGAUCAAUGAAUACCCCCCUGUUCAUAGGUGUCUGCUCUACAAGAAGCCUCUGUCUCUGCCCCAUCACCAAGGUAGCACAGUAGUUUUUAUGGUGAUGAACUGACUCAGAGCUUACAAAGUCUAUUUAUUUCACUACCCUACAGCACAGAAUUUACUUUAGAUUGUAAAACAUGAGAGAGAUUACAGAAGACUCUCACCUGUCUGAUGUCAGGAGAAAGGGUAAGUUUUCAUCACUGCCACUAACAGUGUUGUGACGUGACAGAGCCUAGUCCCCAUUAACAUUUGAGACCAGGUAUGCUCAGUUUGAAAAUCUUUUCAUCUAAUCGGUGGUUCUCAACCUUUUUUGUACCAGGAGUCAUUUGUAAACAGAAAUGGCCAGUCCCCACCCAGUGCCCCUCACUCCUGACCCACUGCCCCCAGCCCUCCAGUGUGUGGGGCAGGGGAGAAUGGGGGGGGCCACAAGCAGCCCCUUGCAGGCUGGAACUCUGCCAGCCUGCAAGGGAAAAGCCACGGUUUCCCACAUUCUUCCUUCUUUAAAGGAGAACCCAUUUUUAAAGUUUGUUUGCGACCCACUUUUGGGUCAUGACCCACAGGUUGAGAAACACUGAUCUAAAUCCUUUUUAAAUAUUGCACUGUCAUUUUUUGACAAUAGAGAACAGUUUUACAUUUAGUUGAGGCAUGUCUUGGCUAUUUCCUGUUUACUGACAAUCUUUGAUUUGCAGAGCCUUCUGUUGGAAUAAAUGCAAAUGUAGGUGCCCACCUUUUGGAUUCUGUAAACCUUAAAUCAUUUAGGUGCAAAGCAUUCUUUCCUUUCGUUUAAAAAUUUUAUUUAAAAAGGAAAACUGCUGUUCUUAUCUAACAAAACUAAUUGUUGCAGAGCAAGGAUUUGAUCUUGUUCUGAAGAUAUUUUACCAGAUAAGGUUAGUGGACUGUUGCUAUCAUUAAGUGACACCCAGGAAAGUCCCCAGAUGACAAAGCUGAGAGUAGCUGAUUUUUGGGGCUAAAACUAUUAAGUUGAGAGAAUCCUACAAUGGUGUAAUUUAACACCUUUACACAAGAAAUAGGAGCUGACUUAAAAGGCUAUGCAGCUGUCCAAAAACUAGUUGCUGUAGUUAGUCUGUUUUCUCAAAUCAAUUGGUGUCACACCUGGAAGUUGAUCAACAAACAUACUGCUGUACUUCUAAUAAGAUGACAUGCGCACACAUGUACACACACCCCUCCUAUUUCAUAGAAUCAUAGAAUUUGUAGUUCUUACUUUUGUUUCACUUGUUACCAAAUGCAGCUCAAGUUUAAGAUACUAAAUAACAAAGAUUCAUGUUAUAUUCACAAGUAUGCACUUCACUUGUCACAUAUUUAGUCAUUUCAGCUUUCCAUUGCUAGAUAUUUUGUGUACACCAAAGACCACAAGUACAUUAGCUGGUCUAGGACUUUUCUAAGAAAAGUAUUAAAUUUCCAUAUGGCUACUCUUGCUGCUUGCUGGACUACAUAGUGGGCCUGGAGGAUAUUUACACACACAAAAUGGCACGUCCUACACUUCCCCUUAAAAUACAUGAACUGUAGACUUUCUGCUUAGCUCUUUAUAGUGAAUCCUACUGUAGCAUUGCUGAAGAUAUUUGCCACCUGGGGGUCCAGAGCUGUGAUUUGUGUUUUUUAAACUGUCUGGGUAAAUCUACCAGUGUUCUAAAAAGGCCCUUCUCUGUAUACCUGCUUUCAACAGUAGUAUCCACUAUUUCCAUCCCAUCUAAGACAGUCAACCUGAAAGAUUUCAUUAAAAUGUAGUGUCCUAGGCACGCCAAAAUGUUUGCAAUCCAACUUUGCAUCCAAGUGUUUUGAUUAUACAUAGGUAUUUUACCCAACAGAAUACCAGGAAGAUUCUCCACUGGAAAUGAAACAUUCUCAGUACCUGCCCUGUAUAGAGGCAUAGUAAACAAAUUUUCACUAUCCUUAGGAUUAAAAAAACAGCACAAGGAGUAUCUUUUGAAUAUAUAUGUUAAAAAUAAAGCUUUAAAUACUGUGAAGCUAGAAUUCACUCAUAUUGCUGUGUUUUGCUCUGUAGUACAAUCUCAGUCCAAGGCUGCUGAAGUGUUCAUACAUAUUUUAAACAUCAGAGGAUUAUUUUUAUACUUUUAACAACAUGGCCAUCUACUGUAAUUCUAGAUUCAAAGAUGAAUUGAGGAGUCUAAUGGGAAAAUAUAUGUAACUGGAAAAAGCUUGCUCACUUGUCUGUAAUUCAUAGUAAUAUUCUGCUCAUACACAUUUGUCAUUUAUCUAUGUAUAUAAUACACAGACAUAGCUUUUUAAGAGUUUAAAAUAAAAGUUUUCAUAAAAUUC